AUGCACGCGCCGUCCCCACGCGGCGCUCCCCCGGACGCGCACUCCGUCGAGCACCUGCCCCACGGGCACGGCGGCCCCCUCCUCCACCGCCUCCUCCCGGCGUGCGCCACCGUCCCCUCCCUCCGCGCCCUCCAUGCGCGCCUCCUCGCGCACGGCCUCCUCCACCCCCUCCGCGCCCGCACCAAGCUGCUCAGCUGCUACGCGGCGCUGGGCGACCUCGCCUCCGCGCGCAGGGUGCUCGAUGAAACCCCCCGCCCUGACCCCUACACCUACAGGGUCGCGGUCGGGUGGCACGCCGCCGCGGGGCGGCACGUGGAGGCCGUGGCGCUCCACCGGGGCAUGCGGCGGCGGUGCCCCGCGGCGCAGGGCGACGUCGUCCUGCUCUCCCUCGCGCUCAAGGCCUCCGUCAGGUCGGCCGACUUCCGCUACGGCAGGCGGCUGCACUGCGACGCCGUCAAGGCCGGCGGCGCGGACGGGUUCGUGAUGAACUGCCUGGUCGACAUGUACGCCAAAGCCGGCGACCUGGAGAACGCACGCAAGGUGUUCGACAGGAUCCUUGGCCGUAACGUGGUGUCGUGGACGUCCAUGCUCAGCGGCUGCCUGCAGAACGGUCUCGCCGAACAAGGACUGGCGCUGUUCAACGAGAUGAGGGAAGAGCGCGUGCUGCCGAGCGAGCACACGAUGGCGAGCGUGCUCACGGCUUGCACCAUGCUCGGCAGUUUACACCAAGGGAGAUGGGUUCAUGGGUCAGCGGUCAAACUUGGCAUGGUAUUUAACCCUUUCGUUACCGCAGCGAUGCUGGAUAUGUAUGUCAAGUGCGGACAGCUAGAGGAUGCUCGGCGGUUGUUUGAUGAGCUCGGUUUUGUUGACCUUGUUCUCUGGACGACGAUGAUCGUGGGCUACACACAGAAUGGGAGUCCUCUUGAUGCAUUACUUCUGUUCGCUGACAAGAAAUUUGUGCGCAUUGUUCCUAAUUCGGUAACCAUAGCAACUGUUCUUUCAGCUUCCGCUCAGUUGCGCAACUUGUCUCUGGGAAGGUUGAUUCAUGGGAUGUCAGUUAAGUUAGGUGUGGUUCAGAAGGAUGUGGUGAUGAACGCGCUCGUUGAUAUGUAUGCAAAGUGUAAAGCAGUGUCAGAGGCCAAUGGGAUAUUUGAAAGAAUUUCGAACAAGGAUGUUGUCACAUGGAAUUCAUUGAUCGCUGGCUAUGUUGAGAAUGACAUGGGCAAUGAAGCUCUAAUGCUAUUUAGUCAGAUGAGGGUGCAGGGUUCUUCUCCUGAUGCCAUCUCCGUAGUGAACGCCUUGUCAGCCUGUGUUUGUUUGGGUGAUCUACUUAUCGGUAAAUGUUUCCAUACUUAUGCUGUCAAACACGCAUUUCUGUCCAACAUUUACGUCAACACUGCUCUGCUGAACCUGUACAACAAGUGUGCUGAUCUCCCAUCUGCUCAGAGGGUGUUCAGAGAGAUGAAUGAUCGCAAUUCUGUCACUUGGGGUGCUAUGAUUGGAGGUUAUGGUAUGCAGGGCGAUUCUGCUGGCUCGAUCGACCUUUUUAAUGAAAUGUUGAAGGACAAUAUCCAACCAAAUGAUGUGGUGUUCACAAGUAUCCUUUCCACCUGCAGCCACACUGGGAUGGUUUCUGUAGGAAAGAAGUGUUUUGAGAGCAUGGCACAGUAUUUCAACAUCACUCCUUCAAUGAAGCAUUAUGCAUGUAUGGUUGAUGUGCUGUCCCGUGCCGGAAAUCUGGAGGAGGCAUUGGAGUUCAUACAGAAGAUGCCAAUGCAAGCAGACAUUAGUGUCUGGGGAGCUUUUCUCCAUGGAUGCAAGCUCCAUUCCAGGUUAGAGUUUGGAGAAGAAGCUAUCAAUAGGAUGAUGGUUCUUCAUCCUGGCACGCCAGAUUUUUAUGUGCUCAUGUCCAACUUGUAUACCUCCUACGGGAGGUGGGAUAAGUCUCUUGCUAUCAGGAGAUCGAUGCAGGAAAGAGGACUAGUCAAGCUACCCGGCUGCAGCUCUGUGGGACAUGAAAAUGGAUGA